AUGCACACAAUAGUGGGUAUAAGCUUGGCGCCUCGCUCAACGAGCCAGUGGCACCCGACGGCUGUCCCUGGCGCCACGCCUGAGUGCCUGAGGCCUGCAACAGCUGAGCCACGAUUGAAAGACCUCGACCGACUGACGCCGUUGGCUGUCAUGUCCGACUCUCACCCCUUCAACCUUGCUUCGUCCACCCCUCUCCAUCGCCUGGUGCGGAACUAUCAUGAUAACGCUGUUCCCGAGUCUGACACCGGAGUGAAUCUGGGGGACGUUAUCGCUAGCCCGGCGGAACAUGCGACCAGACCAUGUCUGGAGGCCGGCGAUUCAAUCUGUACCAUGUCUACUUACACCUCAAAACCUGGCUCUCCUCCAAAUGCCCGACCUACUCACCCGACGGGAUGGCGCCCAAUUCCCCUACGUCCUACCUUCCUCACCUUCAUCGCCUGCCUCAUGCUGUUCCUGAUGGUAAUACUUGAAGCCUUGAGUCAGUACAGCGAACGAACCGGAGGGCUUCGCUUCUUCGAUGAUACCGAUGAUCUGAGCAAUCUCGAGUCGUUCACUUACAACUACGUCCCCGUUAUCAUUGCCCUCGUGCUUGCCACUUUAUGGUCCUUUAUCGACUUCGACGUAUUGCGCCUAGAGCCAUAUUUUCAGAUGGCCCGUCCCGAAGGAUGUCCGGCGACGGUCUUGUUUAUAAAUUAUAAUUUCGGACAAAGCUUCAUCACGCCCAUAGCUUCUGCCAAACGACGGCACUGGUUGGUAUUGGCGGUCUCUCUGGUCACGCUACUCAUUCGCAUUUUCCACCCCGCGUUACAAAGUUCGCUCCUGGAAUUGCGAGAAGUAACCACCAUCUCGAAUGAAUCAAUGAAGACUUGGUCAAAGCUGGUAGAUUUAUCCACCCAGGCUCGCUGGUUUGCCGUGCAGGAGGACAACGAAAGCAACAACUUUGAAGCGUACUUUACGGGCAGUGCAGAACUUCAACAGACUCGCUCGGGGCAUUUUGCCGUUGCACCAGUUCAGAUUCCCACGGAUGAUCGACGCGAAACCACUGUUUGGUCACUCAAUCAGACAAUAUACUGGACUGAGCUUGAUUGCCAGGAUCUGUUUACCCAAGAUUUCUCGGUUUCCGUAGACGAAACUGAGGGUUUGCUGCACUGGAACGUCACAGACAUCCCGAUUUCUGGUCUGGGCGAGGAGUGCAUCUUGGAUUUCUCGUACGACAACGUGAUAUUUCCCAACGUUGAUUUUCUUCAAGUCCGAUACUGGGAACCGACGUGGUCCAGAACUCCGUUCACCGGUGCGGAUAAAACCUUUGUUCCGGACGGCUGUAAUUCAAUUGACCUUUAUGGUGUUCUGCUAUCUAUCAAUGCCACCUCUCAUGGCUCAAAUGCUAUCAGCAGUGUUGUGGGGGAACUCACAUCAUCUGCCACAAUGUUUGCUUGCAACAUUGAGUAUUUUAAGGGCGAAGCAGAGAUUACUAUGCACGCAAACAGUUCAAUCACUAGCGCCAGAGUGUUCAAUGGAACCACACAGGAACUCACUGAUGAUGAAUUUAAUAUCGACGCUUUCCAGAGUUUUCUCGCGCAUCGAGCUCUAUAUACCAGCGAUAUGCUUUUUGUCCAGACCAACGAGACAACCGGAGAGCGAACACUGACGGAGCUGCCCGUGAUCAGCCAGCAUCUCGGCGACCUAGAUCCUGUCCUGGUCCUCGACUCGUCCAAGACCAUGAGCUCGGAAGAAUUCGCAGCCAAGGUUACUCGAGGGGUCAAGCAAACGUUCAUCCUCACAAUGAGCCGUUUAUUCAACCCGGAUGUCUCACCAACCACCGCCGCCGCAGUCCGUUCUACAGGCCAGGUCUCGCUUGCCAUAGUCGCAGCGGUUGCUCGUUGCGCGGAAGUUAUCUUGGGAAUCGGCGCCGUCCUCACCCUCAUUAUGCUACACUACUAUCACAGACGGCCAAAUAUUCUUCAAAGCGAUCCGGGGUCCGUUGGUGCAAUGUGUAGUAUGCUAACUGAUGUCUUCGGUCUCAACAAUAUCCUGGCCGACCCGCGGUCUGGCUUUCACCAGUUUUCGACCCGGCAGCUUCGUCGCCUCCUGCGGGACUGUCGGCUUCAAUGGUACCACAGUCCUCUUGGAAGCCGGCUUGAGAUUGUCACAGUAGACGGCAAUCCUGUGCGGUUAGACGAUCAAAUGCGCGUACGGGCGGACCCGCGGCCACAUUUCCUGGUCAUUCCGAUCUUCAUCCUUGAGUUUCUGCUUCUCGCCGCGGUCAUCGUUCUGAUGAGCUUGGUUAUCUCAACGUUCGCCAAAAAGGGCGGGUUCCAACAUUUGAACCAGUCUAGUUCGAGUUUCCUCCAAGUGGUCCUGUCAUUUCUUCCGUCUGUCGUUGCGUCGGCAGUUGGCGCGCUAUGUACAUCCAUUCAUCGGAACCUCAGCAUUCUCGAACCAUGGGUCCAUCUUCAACGUGGAAUGGCCAGCGCAAGCUCCUCGUUGACCAUGAACUACUCGUGCCAAAAUCCGUGGACUGUUUUACCGAAAGCUGCUAAGAACCGUCAUGUUCUGCUGGGUUUAAUUUCGAUUGCGUGCAUCGCCAAUACCGUCCUAACUACUGUUGCUGGUGGGCUGUUCACGCAGCAGUUGACCCAAUCAGAAACUGCAACGGACUCUCUCUUCGCAAAUUACAGCCAUUCUGUAUUCCGCCAGAACGACUUUGCGGCAGACUUUACUGAGUAUGACCUGAUUCAAACGAGUAUCACCAGUGGGGUCCCGCUACUUCCUUGGACAAGCACAAACCAUUCAUUUGCUCCCAUCGCAAUCCGUGAUCCCGACCAAGACUCCUCCUACAGCGCAACGACUCUGGGUGUGGGUGCAGAUCUUAACUGUCAGGCCUUGUCCAUCCCCGACAAUCUGGUAUGGCAAGAAGAUGGCCCGUACUGGACUUACCACCCAUCUUUAGAGCCAGACCGCGAUUGCUGGGUCAAAAUGACACCGCCCCGCGACGGAAACGAUAGAUACGCCCUAUCGAUCAACUUCUUUUCGCCGGUAGCGAUUGAGGAAGCGGACAUUUGCCAGUCGUCAACGGUGCUUGUCGUGGGCCGAUGGAAUUACACCGCAGCAUCUGGGGUUACCAGUAAUAACACGGUUGCUUUGCACUGCGAACCGCAACUUUUGCUGAGGAAUUUUUCUAUCGUAUUCGAUCACAAAGGUCAAAUCAUUAACCACUAUGAGAUCCCAAACACGUCAAUCACAUCUGGCAACAUGUACGACAAUGCGACCAUCAGCCUCGGGCAGUUCAAUAAGGUUUUUGCGGCUAUCCCACAAAGCUUCUACGGCUCGACAAAUACAAGCUCAAGCUACGUCUCAUCUUACGAUUGGGCGGGUUUCCUCGUUGCCCUGCUGUAUAAGCAAGAUGUCGCACCCAUCACGCGUCUUGAUCCCGACCGGUUGAUGGCUCUCUCGCAAACUGUAUACCAGUGGGUUUAUAGUACGUACUUCUCGCUCUGGCGAGAGAUUUAUCUUCUACCUCUUCGAGAACCUGUCCUGGCAGAGAACGCCACCGUUAUAUGGAGCGCAUGGCGGAUGGAGCCAUCAGUGUCUUCGCUGGUUAUCGCGAUGGCUAUCAUUGGUCUCGACACUGUGGUAGUGUUGAUUGUUUUCGGCACUCGCCGUGGGAGAUUCAAUGGGCCCCGGAUCCCUCGAUCCAUCGGGUCUGUGAUUCCAUGGAUCGCCAAUAGCCAUAUGAUUCACGAUUUUGACGGUACGUAUGGGUGGACAAACGCGCAGCGGCAGACGCAUCUUGAGCGGCUCAAGAAGCGGUACACAUUUCGCAUGUUUUUACGUGAAAACAAUGAGUGGAGGUACGCGGUUGAUGAGGAGCCACCGGUGGCUGCUACAAAAACAAAUCUACCGCCUGACUCGACGAAUGGGGAAAGUAAGCCACCUGAGGAAAUCGAGCUCAGUGUGAUGGAAAGUCGCGGAACACCGCCGGUGCAGCCUACGACUGAGGCUGUCCGUUCAGAGACACCCCCUCCGGAUUAUGAAGAAGAGCCUCCAGCGAUAUCGGUUUCCGAAAGAAAUGAGACUCGUGAGCAGGACUCGCGAGCUACGUGA